CCCCAGAUUUUGUGCCGUGUUUGUACAGUUCGACGUCAGUUGCGGAAAGCUUGUUGUAGUCCUGUGAUUCUCCAAGUCUUUGGACGAAGGAAGGAUUAUCACAAUGUAUAGAAAGACUCGGAGAAAAUGUAUUUCAUCAUCAAGAAAGUUAUUCGACCGGUAAACUUGCGAUUAUAGAGGAUUUGGUAUCUACCAAUCUACAAAAAAAAAAAAAAAAAAUGGGAAUCAAAAGAAAACUAGAUGAAUAUGACGAUGGUGGUGAGAGAAAUGUUGAGCCUGGCAUUCAACGGCAGUCAGUUUUGGACAUCUCAAUGUUCAAGCUUCAGACCCAUCCAGUUAGAAGAGUAGAGCCAUCAUUACUACGCUCAGUCUUAAUUCUUAACACCCUCAAGCAUAUAGAAUGUGAACUUCAGAAAGAAGGGGUCACAAGCGAUUUUUCUGAAGCUGCUUCAAUGACUUUAAAUGAAACAUCAGACAUGUCGAUGGAUGUAUUGCCAGACUGUGAGAGCAUCGGGAACGGAGACAUCCAGCCUGAUCUGUCUGAACUCCACAUAAGUAGCAGCAUGGAGACUACAAGUCUAUCAAUUCCAAAAGACACUGUGAACCCGCUCCCACCCAUCGAGUCAUUUGUUGAACUAUCUAGUGCUUUUCCUCUCUCCAAUGGGUCGUUAUCUUGUGGACCUAUGAAAGUCAAAAACUCUGAUUCCAAAGAACAUUUCACUAACUCUGAACAAAACAUGCAGCUGAAUUUCCCUGUGAAAACUGAAGACAUUUUGACUGAUAUAGAUGUAUCAACAUGUGAUUUUGACAUUUUCUCAUCACUCGCCUCCAGUAUGAAAUUAACACCACUUAGUGCAGAAGAAGUUAUGCAUUCAUUUCCUGUGCAUGAUGGCUAUUCAACGCUGUUCAGCAACUGUAGCCAAGUGGGUGCAUCAUGUAAGAGCGACCUCAUGCCAGAAGAUAUUGACAAUAUAAUGCAAAUAUUAGUUGGUACUUAGUAGACAUUGUUACAUAAUGAAUCAGUUUAUAAUUCUAUUUUUCACAGACUGUCUUGUGUUUACACCAUAAUGCUGUGAAAUUUUUUUUAAAAGGAGGUGCAGGGAUAAGGUUGUGAUCCUGAAGUAAAGCACCGCAGCCAUAAUGUGUGCAAUUCUGUAUGACUAUUUAUAAGUUUUGUUGUCCAAAUCUUGCACAAAAGACAAUUGAUAUAAAUUAUUAUUGAUGUGUUGUUUAGUGAUAUAAGUUGUCAGUAUACAAUAUAUUUAUUUCUCAAAACGCAAAGAUUACAAUUGUCAUUAUUUAUGAAUGAAAUCAAGGUUAUUUAUAAAUUGUUUGCUGUAAUGUAUUGGCAGCAUGCUGCAUCAUUUGUUGUUUUAACUUUUGUUUUUAUACUGAAACAUGUUUCUCAAAUUUCAAACUGUACUUGUAUGUUGUAAUUUGUUAUACAAGAACUUUUAAUGAUGGGUAAUACUUGCUUAUUCUUUGGAAUCUUUAGUGUAAUCCUUGACCGACUGUCUUAAAAACUCUCCAAACAAGUUUUGUGAGGUAUUUUGGGGGUAAAUGUACUUUCUUUUGAUAUUUGUCAGUCACACCAGGCGUAUGGAUUGUAAUUAGCAUUUCUUCCAAAAAUUGUGCAAAACAUUUUUACCACUGUCAAAAUGCAAAAGUGUAAGAAAAAAAUCUUUUUAACAUUGCAAUAAUUUUUCAAUUGGAAAAUAAUGUUAUUUCAAGAUUGUCAAAAAAUGUUGUGGUCUGUGUAAAUUUCUGUCUCAUGAUUUAAGUACAGGACUUUUAAUGGUCAGUAUUUGAAAGCAUUAUCGCUGAGUUUAUUUAUUCUUUUUCUAAAUUUCAAAUUUAAGAAUUUUUUUCCCAGAAUGUUCUUUUUCAAUAUCAGUUUGAAAUUACAAUUUUCCUAUGCGGUAAACCUCCUGUCAGUUCGAAUAGGCAGAUAGUUCCAACAAACUUUUUGAACUAUAAAAAUAAUAAUUUUUUUGUGUAGUGAUAGUUCGAACCCGGCUUACACACGUUUCGGAUUGUUAGAACACACAACUUGAGUACUGAACUUACGUAUUAUUGAUCAAGGUUGGCUAUCGGCGAAGCAAUUUUAGCCUCGCGAAACUCACUUAAUCUUGAUCUAUUUGCGCAUCAACAGCGUUUAACUACUGAAUAACGGGUAGUACUCAUGUUGUCAUCAAUGUCGGACAAUUUGUACACAAGUACUGUAAGUCACAUGUCGCCGAUAAUUGAUUUCGUUCUUGUAAACAUGUGCACACGCCAGUCAAACAUCUUUAGGCACCGGCCAUGUAUAAUAUCCUAACGGUACACAGAGUGCGGAAUGUUACUGUCACAUCGCUGACAGACUUGUGUAUUGUUAUGAUAUUACUGUGAUUACAAUUUGAUUAUUCAAUCGCGACCUGGCCACCGAUCACUGAUUUAUAACUUAAUUGGAACAGGAUAGACAAUAUUUAUUUAAUUUUGUUCAAACUGACUGAAGGUUUACCUUAAUUGAAGUAUAUGUACAGGUUAAACAUUACAGUAUUAUGCAAGAAAUUCUGAUGUAUCAAAUAAGAUCCCAGAGUUGUAGGUCAUUGAAGCCAGUACGUGUGUGUUGUCUGGUCUGUGUACAUCCAAGCUCUUGUCCACAUGUUAAUUCAACCAGAUCAUUUCAGGAUCAUGAAAAAUUCAGCAUCACAAGCAAUGUUUGCAUUUAUUGCAGUUUCCAUCCAAAUUUAUUUAAGAAUUGUGGCACAAUGUUCAUACCAAAUUAUGUUUUAUCCAUCCAAACGACUGUAAUGCAUCCAUAUUCUGAUACGGUUUGUUCUGAUCUCUUGGGAAUUCAGCCCUUAGUUUUUGCUUCAUGUUCUAUUUAUUAAAGACUGUUAUCCUAUCAGCGAAAUGUAUACUUGAAAGUAUAGGUCUUUGGGCCAUUGAAAAGUCUUCAAAAAUAACUCUCUAGUAUGGUUUAAGCUAGAAGACUUGGCCAGUAUUUGGGAUGCAGGCAAUUUGUAAUUGUUAUUUAAUGUACUCUUGGAAUUAUUUAAUUUGCGUAAUAUACAUGGUUGUUCUUAUCAUAAAGUGAAAUAUGCAUCAUUCAGGUUGAGAGUGUGAUUUUGGAUGGUUUGUAUUUUUAUAUUGGAUGUUAUAUCCUUUCCCAAAAUCAUUGUAAUUUGAAUUGUGUGUUAUUUUAUGUGAAGAAUCUCCCCAAUUCCACAUAUAUGCUUUAGAACAUUUUAUGUCUCAUGAAGAAAGAUGCCAUUUUGCAAAGCUAUGAUUUCUUGUAAUGGCAUAGCGAAGUGGAUUCUCAAUUCUGUCAAGAGUUUUGACUCCGUGAAUAGUACAAAACCAGACUAGUCAUCAGUAGUAUAUAAGCAUUGAUUAAUUUAUUUGUGUGUGAUGGAUAUUAAAGGAGAUAUUUCCAAACCAGGACUCAACAUUACUUUAACAGGGGGUGGGCCUCUCACCUUUUUUUUACAUGUGUGAUUGAUAUGAAUAUUGCAGUCGCAUAUGAAAUCUAGUGGUGUUUUAGAGAGAGAGAAAACAGACUCCGCAAGACUGAUGUAAUUCAGAUAAAUGUUUAAUAUCAAGAUACCCCAGCUAAUGACUUAUACCUGAUCCUGUCUCUGAUAAUUUGAUACAAUGAAAAUAUCAAACAACAUUUUGGUUUGUAUUGGGUCGUUAGAUGUCAGUGAUAUAUAAGUUUUGAUGAUUUAUUUUUGGCUGCAAUUUGUCGGAUUUCAUUCUAAUCUUGCGUAAAAAAUAUUUGACAGAGAAAUCAGGUCUGUAUUAAAAUGUUGUUAAUUUGUCAUCUGGUAAUGAGUUUAGAUGAAAUGUUCAGGCCAAGGUUCUCCAAUAUGUUUUUCAACCGUGUCGGGAAGCUUUUAAGUUUGUGCUUACACAUCGAUCUGAUCAUGAGUUGAAUAAGUAUAUGUAGAAAGAAAUCAUUUAAGACAAAGUGAAGAGAUACUAAAUGUUAAUCGGUUAAUACCGAUACGACAUCAAGAUAGACUGAAAAGUCAUCUUCAGAGUUUUAGACUGGCAUGUGAAGAAUGUUUCAGGAAACCGGCAAUGAUCUGCUAUGACUGAUGGAUGGAACUUUUGGAAGGUAGGACAGAGUGUUGCUCUCUACUCUCUAGAGUCGAUAUAAGGUAGCCGGUGAAGUCAAAGUCACAAAAAACGUUUCCCUACCCACAUUCCAAACGCUCACAUUUCCUCUGUUAUUUGUGUGAAACUGUUCCUGCUACAGGCCACUAGAGCUGUUCUUUGAGAUACUUCCAAUGCAACGCUAUCAAUGUAUAUGAAACACAUAUACUUUUCUGCCUGUUGGUAGAUUGAUUAAAAACAAAUGUGUUGUAUACACUAGUCUAGCAUGCAGUUGCUAUUUCUCUAAAGAAAAGGGGAAUAUCCUGAAAGGGAGGUUUUUGAAUGAGCAAGUCGAACCAAACGUUAUUUCUUUUGGGUAGCUUUAACCCUUGCUAGUGUGACAGCUAGCUACAUGUUUGAGAUAGAGGGAAUG